UGGUUGGCCGGACCCGAGCGCUAGCAGCAUACAGUUUGGAUAAAACGUUGCUCCAAUUAGGAACAAAUAGACGUGAAAGCGAACGCUCGGACGUGAACAAUUCAAUGCAGUAGCUAAAGUGUGGAAAUGUGGAAUUGUGGAAUUGUGGUGGAACUGUGCCGGCCAAAGAGGCGGAGGAUUGUGCCAGUGUGUGUGUGUGCAAACCCAAACGAGAGCAUUUUUCAAAUCAAGCAAUCAUUGCGCGCAGCUCUCUAAUUGUGGGAAAUGUGGAAAAUCGAAAUAGACAAAUAGACGAGUGGAAGCAGAACUAGCGCGGGCAUAAGUAGCGUGAACGGUAGCUUAUGUAUUUCGAGCUGCGAGUAUGAAAUGUAGCGAGCUGCAAAUAAGUUUAGCAUUUUUAAGUGUAAAUCGUACACACUGCAGACUUUUUAUAUAGAAUAUAUACAUACAAAUGUGUUUGGUAUUCAAAAAUUUCCAUCAAGUUUUGCUAGAGGAAAAACGCAAAAUAAUUUUCGCCAAAAAAUUGUGAAUAAUUUGUUUAUACUAUGUACGCGUGCGGUGGUGUGAAGAGCGUGAAAAACUUUCUCGGAAUUCCAAUAGCCGAUAAACUUACAAAUCUUUCGAUAGCGCAUUUAUAUAAUAAUCAUCAAAGCGCAGUGUAUGCGUGUGCUCGCCUACGAAGUAAAUAAACUUAAAAGCAUACACUUUUUAUAUCUACACACUCGCCCAUAAUCGACUAAAUAUUCGAGUGCCUACGAGAGUGUGUAGCUUGUGAAUUCAAGAAAUUCUUCAAAGCUCAUACAAAAGCUACUAUAUAAAUCCAGUGUGGAUGCAGAAGACAGGAAGAGCAGCGCACACGCCGCCAUUAAGGAAAGUCACCGGAAGAAUCUUCCUUCGUAAAAGCAAACGAAUCUGCCAUCAAAGAAUUCGACAACUACAUUACCGCAGAUAAACACGAGCGGAAUAAGAAGUAAAUAAAUCUUUCAACGACAGCGACAACAACGAAACUCAACCGCAAACCAAUAAGUACGCCAUAGUAACAGCAUUUAUGUGGAUGCAACAUUAAGAUACUAUAUUUCCGCUCAAAAGGUGAUUGUCGCAUCAAAUCGCUCAGCGAAUCAUCGCAGCGGCGCAAAGUGAUCAAACAUCAAACGUCGAACGUCGUAUGUCAAAUGAUAAACGGGGAAAACACAUGUUGCUCUCGAUCGAUGAAAGUGCGUGCAAAUGCAAAGCCAACAACAAUACCAACCAUAGCAACUGGAAAAACAGCUACGAACAAAAAGGAAUUAUAAGUGGCGUAGCGGUAGUAAUAAAUUAAGAGAAGAAAUAGAAAGACUCAAAUUAAAAGAAACUAAAGUGGAUUUCCGGUGAAUCAAGAAGCCGAAAAAAGAGCAACCAAAUAAUAUCAACAACAAAACACCACCAGCAUACACAGGCUGCGUAGCGCACCGAAUGACAAAACCAUAUUCACAACACAUGUGUCAACGGGCACCCCUUGCUAGGUAUUUACAAAAAUAAACAGGCGGGUGCAACUAAAAAUGGAUUCAACACGCGACACAACUACAAACAUAGCAGCAAUAACAACAACAACGAGCAUAGUGCAAGUGGAGUGUACAGCAGCAGGCAGGCAAGAGCACUCGAAACACCGCUGGAGAAAAAGUAUGGCUGCCAGAGUCAUAGACUCAGACAAGACAAGCCAUAAACCACAGCAUCGUCAAAUAAAUUACAAAAAUAGACGCCAUCGAAGCAGUGUAGUUGCCACAGCAACCCGCAGACGUACAACAGCAAUCAGUAAACGCCUAGUAAUAGUAGCGCGAGCAACUACACCGGCAAUGGCUCCAUUUACAGAACUUCUAAAGCUAUUCACCUUCAGCAUCCUCCUCCUUUGCCUACUAAACAAGGCGAAUCCGGUAUUUGCACGCAAGCCCACCUCACAGGAACUCAACGAUUACGACGAUAGUAUUUUCGAGGUGCAAAAACGCAGCGAGCAGGAUAUUGGCGCGGAGGCGACAGCCGAAAAUGGCGAGGUGGACAGCAUUGGCGGCGAUGAUACGGGCGUCCAAGCGAAGAAUGGCAGUAAGUCGAUUCCUGAUUUCGGGCCACGUUUCAAGUCUUCGAAGCCGCCGCCGAAUAUAUUCUCAAAACCAUCGGGUAGUUAUAUACAGCUCUCAUGUCCGGCUGUCGGCAAACCGGAGCCAAACAUCACGUGGACUCGCAACGACACCAAAAUCAACCGCCAUAUGGGGCGCGUUAAAAAGUCAAAAUGGGCUAUUAAUAUGGAGGAUUUAGUGCCUGAGGACUCUGGUGUAUAUAAGUGCAAAGUGUGCAAUUAUCUGGGCUGCAUUGAGCACUCAACAAAGCUGAUAAUCAGUGAUCGCGUCAAUCACAAACCCAUCAUACUGAAAGCGCCAGCAAAUUUAACAUUGCCGCUAAAUGCGAGCGGUCACAUGGAAUGCGUAUUUCUGUCCGAUCUUUACAGCAAAAAAACGUGGACAUUCACGCCUUGCAACAAGACGGCUUGCUCGAAGAAUUACACUUUCCUAAAGCAUGCAGAAGAUAUAGAUAUUCUGAAUUUCACGCAUGUCACACCAAUCAACGAAGGCUGGUAUACCUGCAUCGAAAUGAACGGACUGGGCCAAUCGUACAGCAAGGCUUACCUGCAUGUGCAAGAUCCGAAUGCGCCACGCGCCAUUGCGAAAAUUAUCCACAGCUAUGAGAUAUGGGGCGUUGUGGCUGUCAUGGUGCUGCUGGGUCUGGUCUGUAUUACAUUCUUCGUGUAUGUGCUGCGUAAGGUGAAACAUGAGAAGCUACUCAAACAACGCAUCGAAACAGUGCAUCAGUGGACAAAGAAGGUGAUCAUUUACAAGCCUCCAAGUGGCGAUUCCAGCGGCUCCAUGGACACCAUGAUAAUGCCGGUGGUGAAAAUCGAAAAGCAACGCACAACUGUGCUACAGAGCUCCAACUCGGAACCGGCGCCAUUCAAUGAGUAUGAGUUUCCACUAGACUCGAACUGGGAGAUACCGCGUUCACAACUCAUACUGGGCGCCACACUCGGUGAGGGUGCUUUCGGCCGUGUCGUCAUGGCAGAAGUUAAUAAUUCGAUUGUCGCCGUGAAAAUGGUGAAAGAAGGACACACCGAUGAUGAUAUAGCAAGUUUAGUGCGCGAAAUGGAAGUGAUGAAAAUCAUCGGCAAGCAUAUCAAUAUCAUAAAUUUGCUCGGUUGUUGCAGCCAAAAUGGACCACUAUAUGUGAUUGUUGAGUUUGCACCGCAUGGUAACCUGAAGGAUUUCCUCAACAAAAAUAGACCACUAAACGCAGGCACGCUCAAGGAUUACGGCGAUCAGCAGCACCAGCUGCCGCUACCAAAGCAUCUGCUCACCGAAAAGCAUCUCAUUUCAUUUGCUUUCCAAAUUGCGCGCGGCAUGGAGUACUUGGCAUCACGUCGCUGCAUACAUCGUGACUUGGCUGCACGCAAUGUGUUAGUGAGCGAUGAUUACGUCAUGAAAAUUGCUGAUUUUGGUUUGGCGCGCGACAUACAGGAUACUGAUUACUAUCGUAAAAAUACAAAUGGACGCUUGCCUAUCAAAUGGAUGGCACCCGAAUCGCUGCAGGACAAAUUCUAUGAUUCACAAAGUGAUGUCUGGUCUUACGGCAUAUUGUUGUGGGAGAUUAUGACCUUCGGCGCGCAGCCAUAUCCCACCAUAAUGUCCGCUGAGGAGCUCUACAGCUACUUGAUGUCAGGCCAGCGUAUGGAAAAACCGCCGAAAUGCUCAUUGAACAUUUACAUGCUAAUGCGGCAGUGUUGGCAUUUCGAUGCCAGUGCGCGUCCAACCUUUGCUGAGAUCGUGGAAAAUCUGGACAAGCUGCUGUUGGCCAAUGAGGAUUAUCUGGAUGUGGCAGUGGCGAAUCUGGAAACGCCGCCCUCAUCUAGUGAUGAAGAAUCGGAUGUUGAAUCUCUGCGCUAUCAUUACAAAUGAAUGGACCGCUGUGAUGAGGUGGUCAUACGUGCAACGGUUGUCUGUAAAUAUAAAAAAAAAAUGCACGAUGGCAUUGACUAAAGCCAAGCGCUGUCACCAUCACGCAGCUACUGUUUAGAUUUAGUUAACGAAAGUAUUUAAAUACUCGAUAUUGUGCGAGCUCAAACUACUUGUAAGCGUAACAAUUAAGGCUCAACUCUGUUCUAGUACUAAUUAUUAUAUGAUAGUAUAGAUACUUACGAAAUUGUAUAAAACUUCUAAGUACUUUCGCAGAAAAGUUGAAGAAACCAAAGGCAAAAUACCAAAAAUUAGUUAAGAAAUAGGCUACGAUGGCCAAUUGUGCAAUCAUUAGCUCCAUAUAAUAUUACAACUAUUUACGUGUGUAUGUAUUUUUCAAAAUAUUUAUAACUAAAAGUAAUAACAAACAUUCUGUAAUGUAUAUAUAUGUACUCAUAAAUAUUAGAAUAGCAUCCCUGCUGUUGAACCUUUGUUAACUACUACUGUUUGGUGGAAGAAGCUAUACUCUUUCGAGAGGGACUAGAAUGGGUUUGGGCGCAAAAUAAACAGUUGAAAAAUUACUGAACUUUUCUAAAUUCAUGAACUACUGUUUGCGGGAAGAAACUAUACUAGUUCGAGAAGGACCAUAAUGGGACCGGUCGCAAAAUAACUAGUUAUAAAAUGACCAGUUAGAGGUGUAUUCAAAACAAAUAUGUACCCAUGAAUAUUACAAUAGCAUCCCUGCUGUUGAACCUUUAGAAACUACUACUAAGAAGCAACUCAGUAAGCAUUCUAGUUAAUGAACAACUGUUUGAUCGAAGUAGCUAUACUCGUUCGAGAAGGACCAGAAUGGGACCGGUCUCAAAAUAUCCAGUUGUAAAGUGAGCAAUUAGAAACAACUCAGUAAGCAAUCUAGUUCAUGAACUACUGUUUGAUGGACGAAGCUAUACUAGCUCAAAAGGGACUAGAAAGGGUAUGGGUGCAAAAUAACCAGUUGAAAAAUAACCAGUCGCAAAAUUACCAGUUAGAGGUAUGUCAACUGACAUUUUGUAAGACACCAUAAUGGUAAAAAUAGCAGAUAGAAUACGAAGAAGACUGCUUCGGCUACGAAGCAAACUAGUAAUAUAAUAAAGUAGUUCAGAACUAGUAAGUUUGACUGCAGAGAAUACAGCCUCACCAAGAAAAGUUGCAGUUUUUCUUCCGAAAUUAUAAAGUUUAUUAUAUUUUAAGACUUCUACUAAAAUAUAAUUGAGCUGAACCGUUUGGAAAAUACCUCAAAAGUAUUAAGACUUUUGUGGGUUGGACCGUUUGGAAAAUACUUCAAAAAAUUUAAUUUUUUAUAAAUAAAAUUAGUUUAAAUAAGGAAUUAGAAUUUGUUUAGUUUAAAAUAUUUUCCCCAAAAAAAGCCUCUAUGCGUAAAAAUCUGCAAACAUUUUCUUUUUCUUUCACCAACUGAGUUUCAAUAAUGAGACUUUUUAAAGGUACUUCCAAUUCGGUACAGCCCACGUAAAUCUUAAUAAUUUUCCGAAAUAUUUUGACUGAAGACUUAAAAAAUAAUAAAUAUUAUAAUUCCAAUUUUUUAUGCAAAGCGAUCAACCCUUUAACACAUACUUUAUAUGUUUGUAUGUAUGUACGUAUAAAGGCAGCAGAAGGCAAUAACAUGCGUCACAAGACUAGCGGCACAUUUAAAUGUAGUGCAUAACUAAUAAUUAAGUAAAAACUGGUAAAACAGCAAUAAAAAGUAAACACAAAAUAGUUUUUUAGUUCGUUAGUGCUUCCGUGGGCUAAGCGUUGCACCAGCACAAAACGAGUGUCUCAAUAGAGUGCCUUAUCAGUAACACAUUUUCCUUGCUCCAUGUGACAUUUCAUACAUAUCGCACUGCAAUCAUAGGCAUAUUGUAAGCUUUAAUUUUGUAGUGAACCAUAGUAAUUUAAUGUCUUUCAAAAAUGCUGGCACAUUUUUAGCCUCAUGUGAGAAUAUGAAAAGCUAUGGUUUUAUCGAUUGCGCAACUAUUUAUUUAAGUAUUUAUAUACUCGUAUCUACUUAUACGUAAGCAUGUUAGUAAUACUCUAUUUUUUACAUACAUAAGAGUCAUUAUAAGAAUUAUUCGAAUUAAUAAAAUAAAUGUGCAAAUUAUAAGAAUUCAAUAGAGGAAUUUUCUGGCGAAUAUGAGUAGGUCAAUUGCUUUUUAAAACUUGCUCACCAGACAAAGAAGCUACAGGGAGGGUGUAUUAGGAAAGGUUCCGAGGUUCUCUAAG